GGGCUGUCCAACCAGCCUCUCCCCCAAUGGGACUCGUUUUUGAGUUCGUCUUGGCAUUUUUGGGCGACCUAUCCCUUUCCGCUUGCUGUGCCUGUCGCCCAGGCAACCACGGGGGCUCACACAUGUGUAGCACCUUUUACAGUCAGUGGCUUGUGGGAGAUGUUUUUGGAAGCAAAGGGGAGGAAGGGGAGCAGAUCGGGGGAGGGUUGGUCUGAAGCCCAGGUAUGCGGGAGAGCCGAGCACAGGCGGUCUCACAGACACAUCAGCGGUUACUCACAGCUGCAGCAGAAUGGAGAGGGAGAGGGAGAGGGAGAGGGAGGCUGUCUGAGACUGCCCAAUUCAAGGCACAAAGCAGAAAAAAAGUUCUUUGCAGCUCCUUUUUCUUAUUUUGGCUGGUCCUGAUGGGUUUCAAGAAACAGGAAGUGGUGGAAGGAGCAGUGGAGCUGCACAAGUGUUGGAAUCUCUGUUAAGGUCACUUGUGGAUGGAGAGGAGAGAGGAGACUCAUCUCUGGCAGAUGGGAGACAGAGCGUCCCCUCUGUCGUAGGAGUGGUCCUUGAUUAGCAGAGUGCCAUGGAAGAGGUCUCCAGCGCCGAGGUCCUCCAGCAUCCCAGCGUGCCACACAGAUCAGGCCAGUGGAAAGAACAAGAGGCGGCUCUGCCCCAGCAGGACAGCGUUCCCCGCCCAGAGUCCGGCCUGGACUCCCCUCUUCUCCCACAGGCCCCAGGCUCUGCCGUGUCCGCGCUGCAGUCCAAAGUGAAGGCUCUCUCCGAGAGGAGAGCUGCAGGGAAAGAAGACAAGGGACCAUCAGCACACGAGCAGGGGCAGCAGAGAAAAGGCCCCAGCAAGGCCCCCACUGGACAGCAGGUCGCCAGCAAGCCAAUUGGCAGCGACGAGGAGGUGGACCCCCAGUUUCAGGUCCAUACCUACCUGACUGACAAUAUCCUGCAGAGUGACCAGGAGGACCUGUAUGAGGACCCAUACAAGAUGGGACCCCUGUCCAGCCUGGCUUUGUCCAGAGGCCUUGGUGAGGGGGCCAGUCUGGAGAACCUCUCCAAUGGGGUGGGCGUCCAAGAGGAACCCAACACCAAGUCCUGGACGCCUCCCAAGGGCUUCUGGAAGGCUGCCCGGCCAGAGACACUCCUCCUCAGAGAUAAUCUGCAGGCGGGUAGUGAGCAGGCUCUCCGGGCCGACACUCAGCACCAGCUGUGGGAGGCCCCUAUCCAGAGGAAGGCCACCCCAGGUGCUCAGCCACUCCGGAGGGAUCUGCAGAGGUCCGACAGCUUGGAGAGCCACCUGUGGAGGGCUGGGAGGAAGGAGCUCCCGCUGGGGGGGCUCUGGAGGGCCGACAGCUGGGAGAGCGUCUGCAGCAACAGCAGCUCACUGUCGCUGGCAGAGCGUGUAGAGAUGAACAGAGGCAUUCUGAAGCAGAUGCUGAACAGGCCUGAGAGCAGGUCUCAGAGCCCGCUGGAGCUGAGGGGCAAGGAGCUACCAGAGUGCAAUGGCAGAGGCCUGUCUACUCUGAAUGACAGCGACUGGGAUUCUGGGAUCUCUCUUCAGGACAGUGAGCACAGUCACAGGGCCUUUGUUUCCUGUGAGGAGCUGCCCCUCAGCCCCCGGCAUGAGCAGGCCAAGCGGCUACUGGAGAGAGCCCGAAUGAAGGCCCGCUCGCACCCUCUCAAGGCCGACCACAGCAUCCUGCCCAUUCAGAAGGAGGCGCCGGAGUCGUCAGGGGCUGGCCUGCUGCGCCGGGGCCUAGCUGGAAGAGAUGGAGCGACGGCUUCAUGCGGGAAUCUGAGCGACUCUUCCAGCGGGGAAUCGAGCGGCGGUCUGCGGCGGCGGCAUGGCCAGUCCCCCACCAGGGUGCGCUUCGAGGACGAAUCUGCCCAAGACGCUGAGGUGCGCUACCUGGAGCGCCUCCAGCAGAGACGGAGAGCAGCCGAGCGCGGGCAGGGGCUCCUGGUCUCCAAGCCUCACCUCUCCUCCUACGUCAACGGGGGGCCCUCCAAGAGCGAGGGCAGCUCAGGCAGAGCAGAGCGAGGCAGGAGCCCCGAGGGCGCCCCCUUGUGGAGCAGGAAGACCAGGAGGACCCAUGACGGGAGUCAUAGUAACAGCGAGAGCGGCUCUGACAAAGGCCAGUCUGCCGGCAGGAAGUGCGACUCCUGCGGGUCUGUCCUCCAGGAGCUCGAUCAAAGCUUAUUACCAAGUAAGCAUGCUGACAGCUCCCUUUCCGAUUCUCGCACCCCCCAGCAGGCGCCCUGCCGGGCUCAACAGGAACUUGCAGUGAAGAUGAUCCCAUGCUGGGUGUCCCCAUCAAACCACCGAGUGCGAACUGAAUGCAUCAAAGAAACCUACAUAGGGGAAGUCUCCCCCGUUGAAGACAGAGAUUUCAGAACAGGUAAUGGAACAUGUGGGCCACAUGGACAGGCUGUGCAAAUACAGGAUGUGAAGGGAAGUGUACUGAAGGAGCGUUCAGAGGCAAUGCAAACUAUCAGGACAGGGGAACCCUGCCCAACUUUCACCAAAGCCAAGAAAGGGACCAAAACUGCUUACAUAGGUAAUGAGCCAGCUACUGAUGCAAAGGGAGGCCUGAGCUACAGUGAUAGGACAGUUGCUCAUGCGAAAGGCCAACAACGACCUUUAGUUCAAGAAAAUUCAAGGCCUCGACCCAGCGGAGCUGAGAAUGGAUCUCCUGGCUUGAAGAACUCAACUUUGCCUCCUAACCCUUACACUGCAGAGCCAGACUACCCUCCAGAUUCCAAGAUAAGCCCUUUUCCUUCUCCUGCCAUAGAGGAAACAUCAGGAUACAACACCCAACAUAACCAUGAUCUUGGCACUCUUGGACAGCCCAAGAAAUCAGCUUUGAAAAACGGCUCAAAGAAUCACCCCAGUGGUCAGCGAAUUGUGAAGGUCUUGCCCUCUGUCCAGUAUCGCUUGAUCCAUUUACCUGAAGACCACAAUUCAGACUUUUCCCAGACCGCUGAGUCCCAAGGCAGACACCUCUACUCUGCACUGAGCUGUGACUCUGAGCAGAUGCCCACCGAAAGCGGACAAAACCCACCAAGCCUGUCCACAAACCUCUGCAACAAUGGCUGCACCAGACCUGCAACCCUGUACACACCAGCCAGAACCGCUGGUGACCUGAGCAAAGGGGUUGAGCUGCAGCUAUAUAACACUGCCUCUGAAGCUGGAUACUGUCAGCUGAAUGAGGACAUGUGCCCCCACACUGCCAGCGCUGCGCCACGCCCGGAGUUCCAGACAGCACACCUGGAGCCCCUCUCCAGUGGAGACUCCAGACACAGGGGACUGCUGAGGGCAGAGUAUCCAAGAGACAGUGCAGACGGGGUGGAGGCACACAGGAAGUACCCAGAGAGCUCCGAGAUGAAAGAUGACCGGCCCAAGCUGUCCCUGAGGAGGUUCCUGUCUGCCAUCGGACACAGCACAGUGGGCAGGCUGAGCAAAGGCCGCUCCAGUAGCAUGGAGCAGCUGAGCGUCUCUCCCAGACACAGCGCAGGCUCGCCCAGCUCCUCGCAGAAGCCUUGCGGCCAGCUGAAGAAGGCCCCAUCCCUGCAGUCGCUGCGGCUGGGGUCUCCCUUCACCCAGCUACGCAAGGCGUCCUCGGUGCAGAGUUUGCAGUCCCCGAAGAGGAAGGCAGAUCGCUCCAGUGCCUAUAUGGUGGGAGAGCCAGCGUCUUUCAGCCCGACACACAGGGGGCUCCAGCGAGCGCUCAGUGUGGAGGAUGUGGGCUGUCCUAGUGGGGUGCGGACCGUGGGCCGGGUUGCCCAAGCCUUCCCAGAUGGGACUCUGCUCCUGGAGCUCAGCCGGCCGGCAAACGGACCCUUCGGAUUUCUCAUCUCGCGGGGGAAAGGCCGUCCGGACUCAGGAGUGUAUGUGGAAGAGAUGGGCGACAGCGGCACUCAGAAGCUGUACGCAGGGCUCCUGGGCGUGGGCGACGAGAUCCUGGAAGUGAACGGGGAGAAGGUGGCCGGCCUGUCGCUGGAGGAGGUGACCUGGCUGAUGACCCAGCACACCACCACCUCCAUCCGCGUGCUGCGCCAUAGGAGGAGUCCGCAGUAGCCAGGGGGAUGGCAGAGACGGAGAGAAACCAGUCCCCGGAUCCCCCAGAAGCACAUCUGUUCUCCUCGGCUGGUGGGGUGACUAAGGUACAGCCACAGGCGGAGGCCAGGGCAGGAAACAGACACUGGCGUUCGGGGAGUGAGAAUUAUCAGUCCAGGUCAUUUGCUGAACAAAGCUUCAAGGACAGCAAUUGCUUUCAGCUGUUUCUCGCCCUGGAUGUUUCCUCCAGGCUACAGCACUGUAUGUAUUGACUAUAUUCUUGAAACCCAGACUCUCAAAUAAUUUCAGCGUACUUUUUCACUGUGCUACUCACACCUGAGGUCCAAAAAGUAACCAUUAUUUUCUGUAAUACCUGCUUGUGAGCCGCAGGUGAAUCCCUGUGUCUGGGAAGAUCAAACGCAGUUUCUGAGGAGUACAAUCCAGCCACUCUCUGCACUACCCAGUUAGAUCAACACUACUUGCGGUUCUUAUUCCUGGAUAUACAGUGUUGUUUCUGCUUAAAACAUUUGGGCUUCAUAAGAAAUGAAUGUAAAAACACAGCAAUGACAAAAGGCUGGGAGCAGUGGAAAACACGUUACAGAUACUGUACACAUUUCAAUGAAAAGCCAGUGCAAAGCAGUCAUGAAUAAUAGACCAAAAAUGGCAUCUAGGUUUUGCCUGGCCCCCAGCUCAUACACAUUCCAGGCUGGGGAGGGCAGGUGUUCAGGAGAAUUGCAUCACCAUGCAGUAGUAGCUCAUAGAAACCUUGAACUGUGCACCAUUUAUUUAAAAAAAUAUCAGUGUUAAUAAUUAAAAGCUCUGCCUUUUCAUACCCAUUGACAGUUCAACGUAGCGUGCACAUGCCUUUUUUUUCUUUCGCAAAACGCCUUUCAUCGGUUUGCACUUUGCUAUAUAGACCCUGGAUGAGGCUUAGGUCCCCUGCAGCAUCAUGACUGUUCAACCCCCCCAUCAUACCGCAGGAGGAAAAUCAGCUGUGUGGCUGCUGUGAGUCUUGAGUUGUACCGAAGGAAAUGUGUGGAUAACAGAUAAAACACACAGUGCCACACAAGACUGCAAGUACACUGCCACAAUGCAGUCGUGACCUAUUUGUCAUUUACUGGCAGCAGACAAGCUCUGAAUAAAGACGAAAGCUAGAAGUGUGAAAUUCCUGAGACUGGGUUUCAGAAAAGAGAUCUUAAGCAAAGUGAUUUCUCUGUUGUCACUAGAAUGAGCCCUUUUGAAAGGCAAACUAAAAGGCUCUAGCUCUUACACACCGCCUCAGUGCACUGUGAUACGACUGAGUUCUCUGAAUUCAAAGGGCUUUGGUACGGUGUUAAUCAAAAGACGCCUCAUUAGUGUGCUCCACACAGAACACAGGGGACCAGCAGAGACUGGGAGAGCUGGAGACGGCAGACAGCUUGAGAAGGCUUUUGCUUUCAGGAGCUGACACUUAUUUGCAUGCCAACUGAUGAUACUCAUUUGUCAGCAAAUUGUGUUUCUUGAAAUUCAAGCAGACGGCGACGGUGCUUGUAGUACAUCCUGGGUUACACACAGCCCUGUGUGGAGCCGCAUCAAGACCACACUGAUGAAGCAGUCAAACCAAAAUCACAACGCUGCACUUCAUCAUUCACCUCCUGUACAUCAAAAGGGCACAAGUAUUUUCUCACCUCAGGAAAAUGAAUAAAGAGAAACUAUUCUUUUUUACUGUGAUAUUUGAAAAUAAACCCACUUUUAUCCACUGUUUUCUGGAUUGGACAGACGUUUCCACUAUUUAAUGUGGGAUCAUCAAGCUAUUUUCAGUCUUCCUCUCUAGGAGGUACUGUAACAGAAUGAGAUUCUGGGGAAAGUCAUGAAAUGUGAGCUGUACCAGCCUUUAGAACAUGAUCCGAGAGAAACAUGAUCCAAUAUCAUUUGUUUCCGUCUUUACUCAGGCCCAAAGAAUUCUCAGUUUAGUUUUCAAAAUAAGUAGUUGAUCUUCCGUUAUAGUUAAGUGGUUGAACCUAUUCUCAAAAGAAGAAUAUAAAAAGUCUUACUACUAUUAAUAUAGUAACAUUUAAAGAUUUCCACAUGACUUGUGAAAGAGGUAAGUGUUUCAGUGUUCGAUAUUUUUGACUUUAGGCGAGUAAAACACAGGAACUGUGAACUGAUACUGUGAAGUAUACAUACAGGGUAAAAUAUACAACCAGGGUGCUUAAGAUUCUAACACAAGUGUAUCAUGAAAACUGCUAACUGCAGCAUACCCGCUUGAACAAAUCAGACCACAGGGUAUACAUUCCUAUAGGCAGUGAAGGCUCCUGUGUCUCCUUGUACACACAGAAGUCAUCACGGAGCCGUCGUCUAGUUGAGCAGGUGCAGUAAAGCCAUUUCACCCUGCAACUCACAGCUGGCAAACCAUUGAAGCUCAGCAGGUGUGAGCCUGGUCACUACCUGGAUGA